AUAUAAAGUGAAAAGAAUAUUAUAAAAAAAUGGGAAGAGGGAGAGUGCAAUUGAAAAGGAUUGAAAACAAGAUCAGUAGACAAGUUACAUUUUCUAAAAGAAGAACAGGCUUGUUGAAGAAAGCUCAUGAGAUCUCUGUGUUGUGUGAUGCUGAUGUUGCGCUUAUUGUUUUCUCUACUAAAGGCAAACUCUUUGAGUAUGCUACUCACUCCAGUAUGGAGGCCAUUCUUGAAAGGUAUGAACGUUACUCGUAUGCAGAAAAGCUGCUUACUGCACCAGCUGAAUCAUCAAAAACACAGGGAAGCUGGACUCUUGAAUCCUCCAAGCUCAAGGCAAAGAUUGAGGUCCUAGAAAAAAACAUAAGGCACUAUGUUGGGGAAGAUCUUGAACCAUUAAAUCUAAGAGAGCUUCAAAGCGUCGAACAACAACUUGAGACUGCUCUCAAACGAAUACGAACAAGAAAGAACCAAGUCAUGCAUGAGUCUAUUUCAGAACUCCAUAAGAAGGAGAGAGCACUCCAAGAGCAAAACAAUGCACUCUCUAAAAAGUUGAAGCAGAAUGAUAAGAUCGGUGAGCCGCCACAGCAGCAAGAUAUGGGGUUUCUGUUACCUCAACCUCAGCCACCAUUAGCACUGCCACCACCACAACCGCCACACUCAACUUCUCUUAUAAUCGGGAGUGGAUCAUACCAAGGAGCAGUAGUCACAAGGGAAGAUGAGGCGACUCAAGCUCAUACCGUCUCUGUUGCUAUGAUGCCUGCGUGGAUGCUUCGUCACAUGAAUUAGUAACCAAGACGAUAGAUAUGAUAUUCAAGUGUGCUUAUAAAGUGGCAUAAAUUAAGGAGUAAACAUCAAUGUCCUUUUUUUAAAGUCUUGGUUCCUAGCUACCAUAUAUAAUGCAUGUUCAAUCACUUGCUAUAUAUAUGAUGAUGAUGAUGAUAUGAUCAAUAUGAGUGAAUGUCUAA